AUAGAUAAAAUUUAUAAUUUUAGGUAAAAUUAAAGUUUUGGGACCAGGUAGUUGGAGGCAGAUUAGCUAUCGUUGCUGUUUUGUUUGAAGAAAGUGAUUUACAAGACAACACAAUAAUAACUUUUCAUGUAUUAGAUGAAGCAAUAAACACGAUGGGUUACAAAAUUGACGAACACGCAAUAAUUACAGAUAAUUUGGAAAAACUCUUAGAAGGUCUUCUACCAGAUGAUAUUAAACUGGGACAUUCUCUUUUUUAUAAAUAUAGUGGUUUAAUAUCAACUCCCCCCUGCCUUGCUUCUGCAGAUUGGUUUGUUUUGCCUGACAGUGGCCAACUUAAAGUACCUUCUACAUUUUUACAAACAUUACGAAAACUUCGCUCAAAUCCUCAAGGUGAUCUAAUGUGUGAUAAUUUUAGACCAAUCCAGCAGCGAAUUAAUCAGGAUGUUUUGUGGUAAUAUAACAUGAAAAAACAAAUGUUUAACAAUACCUUUGUAUCAUACAUAAGUUUACAGUUAUCAUUUUUCAAACUAUCAUGGAGAGUUAAAUUUUAUUUUAUUUUUUCAAAACCAUGAGUUUAUUUUGUGAUUUAUCAAUAGUGGUUGUUAUGGCAAUUAAAUUUUUUUUUUUUUCUUUGUAUGUUUUUUUGCAACUUACAUAAAUUUGUAGUUAAAAUUUUUGUAAGCUUAUUUAAGAAAACAUAUUUAAAAGAGCAAGAAGUUUAACGUAAUAAAAUUCUGGGGAAAAUAA